AUGACCUCAGUUGAGUCUUCCGAAGAUAUAGAUGGUGGCGAACUUGAGGGAAUUUCAUCAAAAACAUUCGUACCAGCAAAAUCCAGUAGUGAUGGAAGAAGCAUACCAAGUGUUAAAAGGAAGAAACAAAAAGAUGUUCCAGAUCAUAUUUCAAGCGCAAUGGAAAAACUGCAGGAUCUCAAAAAGGUUGUUCAGGAAAAAGAUUAA